AUGGUCUUCUCGCUGCUUCGCUGCUUCAACACUAAGUUAGCCCUGGGCUGUUUGCUCAUUGCCAUUUCUUCCUUCAAUUAUGGCUUCGAUAAUCAAGCCUUUGCAACCACGCAAGCUAUGAAUGCCUUCGACAAGCAGUUCGGUGUGUGGAACGCGAAAAGCAAGACAUGGGUGCUCGAACCAUCUUGGCUGUCGUUGUUCAAUUCCCUGAACUACAUAGGGUUCGCUUUCGGUAUGCCCUCCGCUGGAAAUUCUCUAGCAGAAGCUGACAAGCCAGGUGUGCUCCUUGGUAGCCAUGUAUCUGCUCGAUAUGGACGAAGAGUCUGCAUGUUUAGCAUGAGUGUAUACGCGUUGGUCACCGCGACCAUCGCUGUCACGUCACAAAGCCGUGAGCAAAUUAUGGCUGGACGAAUCCUAAACUAUGUGUACGUUGGUAUGGAGCUGGCUGUAGUGCCUGCAUUCCAGUCAGAAAUCGUGCCCGCCUCCGCCCGCGGCUUCAUCGUCGGAACCUAUCAGCUCUCACUCAUCUUUGGAGGCUUUGUCAUCAACUCAGUCUGCAGAGGUACGAGUGGCAUGCGAAAUAACCGCGCGUGGCGCAUUCCUGUCGGACUGUUCUAUAUCGUACCGACGAUCAUCAUGUUCCUCAUCUUCUUCAUACCCGAGAGCCCACGCUGGCUGUUGAAGCAAGGCCGCGUCGAAGAGGCAAAAGCAAACUUGAUCAAGCUUAGAGAAGGAAAGUUCACCGAGGAGCAAAUGGACCUUGAAUUUCGAGAACUGCAAGCAGCGCUCGAGUUUGAGAAUGCCUUCGAGAAAGGUACCUUCGUGGAAAUGUUUCAUGGCAUCAACCUCAAACGCACGACGAUAGUCGUCCUGGUGAAUUUCUUCCAGCAGGCAACAGGUCAGGCUUUCGCUAGCCAGUACGGUACGAUCUAUGUGAAAUCACUUCAGACUAUCAACCCCUUCAACUUCAGCCUGAUCACAUCGGCGAUUAGCAUGUUUUCCAUCAUCAUGUGCCUCCUCCUUACAGACAAAGUCGGUCGACGUCCUCUCCUCCUCCUCGGCGCGGCAAUUCAGACGGCCGCACUCAUGACGAUGGGAGGACUUGGCACACCUAAGACAGUCGACUACUCAUCUAAAGUUGGUAUCGUCGCCAUGAUUGCAGUAAUGGCAGUGGGUUUUGGCAUUGGCUGGGCCCCGCUCACCUACGUUGUCACAUCCGAGCUUCCUGCCAUCAAGCUUAGAGACCACGCACUCCGUCUGGGCUUCUCCGUUAAUGUCGUCAUCAACUUCGCAGUCAACUUCUCCAUUCCCUACCUCAUCAACGCGGAAUACGCCAACCUGCAGUCGAAGGUCGGCUUCAUUUUCGGAAGCUUCGCACUUCUGUGCUUCAUUUUUACGUACUUUUGCAUCCCGGAGUGCUCGGGUAAGACGCUUGAACAAAUCGACUAUUUGUUCCAUAAUGGGGUGCCGUUAAGGAAGUUUGGUACGGCGGAUGUACCGACGUUUGAGGAGAGGGUGGUUGCGGAGAAGGUGGAGGAAGAUAUUGUUAAGCCGCAGAAGAUUGAGCGCGAAGAUCAGUCAGGAGCGUUUUGA